AUGAACGAUGCAGGAAUACUCACCCUGCACAAAGAUUUCUUGGAAAUAUACAUCAACAUGGCACCACACAUUGGCGAAGCAUACGUCAUGGACAACGCCAAAGUACUAGUCCUUCUAAGCAAGUUUAUUGUGGGGAAUACGGAAGCUGAGGCGACCCUCCAAGCCAUCAACAUUGCAGGCAAUGGAAGAGAAGCAUUCAAAGCACUGCGUACCCACUAUGCAGGCGAAGGGAUACUAGCCAGCGAUAUCGUUGAAGCUGAACACACCAUCAAAGAACUGUAUUAUGUUGGUGAAAAACCCAAAAUGAACUGGUCCAUGUUUGAACGAAUGCUGAAGAAAGCGUAUGCAGCAUGCGACAAACAUGAGGGGAGAGAAGUCCAUUCAGACGCAAUGAAACUGCGUAGCCUACAAAGUAAGGUUACAGCACCAUUUCUACAACUGAACAAGACGGCAAUCGAUACAGAAAUUAGCAAAAGACCGAUGUUAAUGACUUUCACAACAGCAUUACAAAUCUACCAAACUGCAGUGAGAGAAAAGUGUCCCCAAGGAAUCAGCAAUGCAGCCGAUAGGGGACGAUACUUGAGCGAAACUAGAGCUGACAAUGAUUGCGACAGAAGCAGGAGCCAAAACGAUGGAGGAGGCAACAAACAUCGCAACAAAGAAGAGAUUACUCUGAGUAAUGGAGAGAAGAUCUGUCAAAGAUUGCCGCCAAGAAGAACAACGAGACAGGCCGCACAAACACAACAAGUGGAAAUGCAGCUGGCGGAAUUGCGAGCCAAGGUAGCAUUGAUGAAAUCAAAUAACGUUCCUGCUACAGUCCCAGCCGAAGCAGCCACGCAGAUAUCACAAGUGACUAUGGGAACAGCUGGAAGUACAGCAAUGGGCGGACGCAACCAACAGGCAAGUGGGAGGACCUGA